CUCCGAUUAUACAUUUCGUACUCAAAUCCUCUCAAACCGAACUGCGCAGUAUAGUCAGCGCACUCGUUAUCUGCAAGCGGAGCAGCAGCUGUGCGAGAUGUGAAAACAACAUCAAUAUUGUGUUCGUUUACCUGCAUUCUCUUCAUUCCACUUCUUCGCUACCGACACUUUUUUUUUUUUUUUGUCACUUAAACCGUGUUUGUUUUUAUAGUGUUUUUGCUUUUUGUUAUCAACACUAUCGUCAGAGUACUCGUGUUGUCAAUAUAUUAAUGCAUAUAUUAAUAUAUUAUAAUACUAUUUACUAUGUGGGUAUAAUAUAAUAUUUUUAUUUUGUAUUUUGUUCUAUCAAAUCAUUACACGACGUUCCAAUUAUACUGUAGAUACACCCCGCCGGUCCGUUUUGGUGAAUAAAUCUCGCCGAGACCAAUCAAUGUUUUUUCAAUCGAUUGGUAUAUUGUGUUUAUGAAGAUAUUUGUAUAAGUAAUUUCUGGACUACCGCCUAACAAAAAAGUAAUGACAAUAUCGACAGUAAUUAUUACCUAUUAUUUAUGACAAUCAUUACUGAAUGGCCAAACAAACGUACAUGUUUGCUUAACAAACCGUUAAAUAAUUGUCAACGGUAUUGAUACAUUUGAUCAAAGGAAAAACAUAAAUACCAUUGAUAAUAAGGGCUAAACAUAAAGUGACAUACUUAUCAAUAAAAUAUAUUAACUGUUUUGUAUGAUACAUUUGUAUUCAUGUCGUACGCCUACACAUUUCAAUAAAAACCAAUCACAAUGUCAUUUAUUACCUACUUUUAUUAGUCAACGUCGUUUGUUCGAUUAUGAAACAAAUUAAUUUUUUACUAUUCUUGUCUACAGAAAACUAGUAUGAUGGAGGAGCAAAACUUAUUACAAGAUUUGAUGGAAUUGGCUACACACAUGCGUCAGGAACGACUUUUCACACAAUACGAGUUGAAUAAUUUGCAAACGCUUAAUGAACAGGUAUUAAAACUUGUAAUUAUAUAUAAUAUAAUGGGCAUUUUCAUAAUUAAUUCACCUGGGUUUUAAUUUUAUUAUCUUUUAAUGUAUUUUAUGCAUAGGUAUAAGUACACAUAAUAUUCAUAUUUGAUAUAAAAUAUUUAAUUUGGUGUUCUGUUUUUGUUUAUCACAAAAAUUGGCUUGCUAAAAAUCGUAGUGGUUUUUAAUUACAAUUAAUUUGACAGGUGAUUAGCGUUUCAAAUCGAUUGGCUCAAGAAGCAUGGAUUACAACACAACAAAGGAUUAAUCUUAAUAAAUUAGUAAUUUCUAAUCCAGAUUGUACACCGGCUAAUUGCUGUGAAAUUGCUCAUCAUUUAGAUGACGCGCAUUUUGUUGAAGCUCAUGAAUCUAUUGGCUAUGACGUAAGUUUGCAUUUAACUAUAUGAAAACAUUUCAUAUGAAUAAAUUAAUAUUAUGUUUUUAUAGAAUACACAAGCAUUUGGUGUUCUUGUGCAAAAACUGCGUAUAAAUCCAAAACUUCUGGGAUGUUGUUUAGCUGCCGGUGAUCGGUUGUUAACUAGUAGUAUGCCAGAAGUUAUUAAUUGCACUUUAUCUGGAGUAUUUGGAUCAUGUUUAAUGGCUGAAGAUAAUGUAUUAAUAUUAAAAUUAUUAAGACAUUUGGCUGUAUUACAAUUAAUACCUGCAGAUAAUCCUCAUAGGUUUGUUUUUCAUUAAAUACAAAUUUAAACAUUGUUUUAUUCAAAAAACUACUGAUUAACUUAUUCAUGUGGAUAAUAAUUGUGACAUUCAAUUUUUAUCAUUUUAUUCUUUUGGAAAAUUAUAAUUUCUAGCAAAUAAUUUACAUAUUCAAAACAAAUUUCACUAAGUAACAUUAAUACAACAUUAAAAUAUUAUUUCUAUUCAAUAUGUAAUGUUAAUAUUAUGUUGUCAUUAUUUUAUAGUUUAAAGUUAGUUUUCUCAAACAUUAUUAAAUGGUGUUUAUAGCUAAAAGAAAUAUAAAAAUAUACAAACAUGUUGGAUACGGUCAUUAAAUGCAUAUAUCUUAAAGAAAACAAAGAAUUAAUUAUAAAUACAUAUUUUAGGGUAUUGAGUCAUGGGUCAUGUGCUUUUUCAAGAUUGUAUUCAGCAUUCCAUGGAAGUUUAUUUUCAGCAAAAUUAUUUUUGACUGCUGCUUUUCAUGACCCCAUCAUGCAGUUGUUAAAAGAUGAGGAAAAGUAUCUUGACAUUGAUCCCGAUAAAGCUCGAAUAAGGUAAUAAAUUUUCUACGCUUUUUUUCUAUAUUAUUUUUAGAGGUGAUUUUCUUUGUACUUACUCUCUACUUCACCUAUUUUAAAUCGUCACAAUUACUUUUAUUGUAAUAAUAUCAACUAAUUAAGUAAUUUGUUGAAUAUUGAAUUAUUAAAAUAUUUUAAUUAUUUGUUUAAAAAAAAAAUGUUUUGAAUUUUAGAUUCUCUCAUCUUAGAUCAUGCAAUCGAGAAGAAAAUAGUUCAGAAUACAAUUUAAAGUUACAGAAUUAUAGGAAAUCUAUUGUAAAACAACUGGUAGCAAUUGCAUCAAAAUUUAUUAACAGUCUUAAUGAGAGUCUAUACUGUUUUCCAAGUUCAGUGUGUUGGCUUGUCAGACAAAUUCAUGCGUUGUUAACUGCUGGAAGUACUUUGACUGAAAAACAAGUAUUAAAUUUACGUUGUGUUUACUAUUAUUCAUUUUAAUAUAUAUUUGACUAUAAAUGUGUUUUAUUUAGAUUUAUGGUAUUUGUGUAAAUUUGAUAUUUACAUAUUUCAUUUGUCCGGCAAUUGUAAACCCUGAACCCCAUGGCAUAACUGAUGCUGAUAUUACUCAAGUUGCUCGUUAUAAUCUUAUUCAAGUGGCAAAUAUAAUCCAAAUGUUGGCUAUGUUCAAAUAUGAACCUAUUGAUAGUAAAGUACAAGAUUUGUAUCAGCAUUUCAACAAGGAUUGUAUUUCUAGCAUAAUGGAAGCCCUAUUGAAAACAUCAUCUAGAAAUUCGUUAAACGAUGAUAAUCUUACAGUUAAUUCUAAUGUUAAAUUGGAAAAUUUAAUCCGGUCAGUGGCAUUGUUUACUGAAGAAGAACUUCAAACAUUUGUAAGUUUUUAGCAUUUCAAUACUUAUAUCAUGAUAUUAAAACAGACAAAUUUUAUUUUUAGGUAAACUUUUUGCAUGUGGUUUCCAAUGAUGGGACAUUAAGUGAAUCUGAUAAAAAAGAAUUAGCUGAUUUAUUAUUGAAUAUGCCAAUAAUGUGGCCAGAUACUAAUUCAAAUGAUAAAUUUCACUUUUUACCUGCUGAACAAAAGAAGCUUGGAAUCCUUUCUAAGACUGGUAAGACAUGUUUCUUAUAAAUGUGUAAUAUUUUAUAAUAAUGAUGAUGUUAACAUACAAAUUCAUGUCUAUUAUUUUAGCUGCUUCGUCUCUUGGAAAAGUAUUACCAAAUACAAAUAUUUUAAAUUUUUCUAAUACAGAUGGGGAUAUUAAUGAUGAUGAUAAAUUUAAAAAAGUUCUAAUAAUUCCAUUUGAGAAUACAUUUAACUCAGCUAUUGGCCUAUUGCCUGAACAUAAAGUUUUAGAAAUUGAAAAAUCAAACUCUGAAGAUGAUGUAUCAAAUGACAAACCAUAUGAAGUUGUAAAAAAAAAAGAAAAACCUCUGCAUUCUGUGUCACAUGAAGGCUCAAUUGGUAAGAAUUAAAUUAUUGUUUUAUAUACCUAUAAUAAUGCAGUAUUUAUAGUCCCCAGUUGUAUAAAAUGUAAUAUAAUAUUGUUUUUAUUAUUUUGUAAUAAUAAAAACAAUAUUGCUAUUUUAGCUAUUUUUCAAUAAUAACUACAAUAUAAAUUUAUUUCAUACCCAAUUGUUUGUACAUAUUAAAUUUAUUAGUUUAUUACUUAAUUUGCGUCAUUGUAUUCAAAACAAAAUUAUGAAUCAUAUUACAACUUUCAAACUUUCUGUGUCAAAUUAAACAAACAUUAAAGUGAAUAUCAAUGAAGCUAAUGAACAAUAGAAAACAAGUAUACCUUUUUCAUUGAAUAUAAAACAAGCAAUCAUACAUUUUUUUUAAAUUUAUUAAACUAAUUAUACCUUUUUAAAAUAUUAAAUAGAUAGUUAUUUAAGUAGGUUAAAAAGCUGUAUGACUGUAAAUGUACAUUUAAGAGGACAUUAUACCCGCAUCUACUGUCAAAGUUCAACUACUGGGUAACAUGCAAAAACAAUGCUUUUUCAAAAUAAGUGAAACUAGCUUAAUUUUGAUUUUAGAGUAAAAGUACCUAUUAUGAAAUUUAUUGAGAACAAUAUUUUGAAGGGAAUAUCAUAGGUGUUUUUUGAAUUAUGAACUAUUCAAAAAGUUACAGUUAUUUAAAAAACAAAAAUAGAAAAGGUUUUUGUAUCUUUUAUAUUGAGCUGUGAAUUAUAAUUUUAUAAUUUAUAACUAUGAUUUUGAAUAAUACAAAAGCCCUAUAACAUUCCUUCCAAAAUAUUUGUAGCUAUACAUUUCAUAAUAGGUACUUUUAUUUGAAAAUCAAAAUUAAGCUAGUUUCAUUUAUUUUGCGUGAGCAUUGUUUUUGAAUGUUACCCGGUAGUUGAACUGAGACAGUAGAUGCGAGUAUAAUGUCUUCUUAAAUGUACAUUUUCAAUCAUACAGUUGUUUAACUUACUUACAUAAAUAUCUAUUUAAUAUUUUAAAAAGGUAUAAUUAGUUUAAUAAAUUUAAAAAAAAUGUAUGAUUGCUUAUUUUAUAUUCAAUGAAAAAGGUGUACUUGUUUUCUAUUGUUCACUAUCUGUAUUGAUAUUCACUUAAAUGUUUGUUUAAUUUGAGACACAGAAAGUUUGAAAGUUGUAAAUAUGCUUCAUAAAUUUGUUUUGAUUACAAUAAUGCAAAUUAAGUAAUAAACUAAUAAAUUUAAUAUGCAUAAAUAAUUGGGUAUGAAAUAAACUUUUAGUAUUAUUUAAUUUCAAUUUAAAAAAACUGUUUAGCUAUAUAAUUAAGGAUUUUAAUGUCCUAUAAAAUCUCAAAAAAAUUAAUUUGAAAUACUCAGAAAAUAACUGUACAAUUUAUUUUAAAUAACUUAAAAUAAAAAAUACACUAUAUUACAAUGUUUUAUUUUUUCUUAUGAAAAUCAGUGGAUACUGGAAAUACUAGUGAUUACUUAGAAGCUGUCUCAGAAGCUGCAUCUAAUCAUAGUGUUCCAUCAUCUGUAGAGCUCGAUCAGGAUCAAAAUGAUAAUUUAUCAGAUAUGGUAUCUGCAAAUGUAUCGGGACGUGGUACACCAAAUAUAUCGGGUAAUUUUCUUUAUUAUAAAUUGGAUCCAUAAUUUUUAGUUAUUUUUAUUUUAUUGAUUAGGUCGUGAUACACCAUCAUCACAAGUUACAGAAAAUGAAGACGUAGCCAAUGGUCCACCAAUGCCAUCUGCUCGUAUAAAUCCUUCGGCUAAACAAUGUAAAUUUGAUAUAGACGAUAAAUUUUGCAAAUUUGAAAUCAAAUCUAAGAUGCAAGGUAAAUAAAAAAAAAAAAAUCAAAUUUAAAUUAAUAAAUAAAGUUCUACAUUGUUAACUUGAAUACUAUUAAUUAAGGGAUGGGGCGUGAUGAAACUACAUCCUCUAUGGUCUCAGAUACAUGGAGUAUGGAUGUUUUGGCUAGUGAUAACGAAAUACUUGAUCAGUCCGAUAGAUCUCAAAUAAAUGUUCAACUUCCACCUCCACUACCACCACCACAAGCUAUUCCUGUUAAUCAACAAGUCAGUACCUGUAAAAUAUAUUUUCAGUGUACUUUAACCUGAUUAUUGAAAUUAUUAAAUACAGAGUUCGGAUAUUAAUGAAACCGCAUCUGAAGCAUGGAGUACAGAUGUUUUCGCUUCGGACACUGACAGACUAGCUGAAGUUGAUACAGAUGAUACAGCAAGUGUUGCAAGGUAAUAAAUCCUAGGUGUUUGUUUUUGUAAAUAUUGUGUAUAUUAUUCAUGAAUAUAAUGUUAUUUUGUGUUAAUAAUUUUAAUUUGCUGUAAUUGAUUUAUAUUUAUAUUAUGUUAUCAUUUUUAGAUCUGACGAUAUGUUAAGAUAUGAAUUAGAAAGCCGUGGUGAUUUGGAUGGAAUUGAUGAUUCUUCAAACUACCAUUACUGUUUGUUGAGACAUAUUCAAAAUAAUUUUAACAUAUUGGUUAUCACUAUAAAUGUUUCAUUAAAUUUAUAUUCUCUAUUCAUUUUUAGCACCAAAUGUAUUUAGACCAAUAGCAGAAGUACAGCAAGAUAAUAAUGUACGGUCUGAUAAUUCUUCAUUAUUCAACAACAGAACACAAAGACGAAAAGUAUCUGAUAGUAGUGCUGAAUCAAAUACUAAUAAGUUUAUUGGUUCUUCUGAUGAUCUGCCAUCAAAUAGACCUGAUCCUGGAUUAAAUGCAUCUAGAUCUGUAUAUUCUGUUGCUUCCACUUCAGGAGAACAAAUACCAAAUGAACCACCAAAACUUUCUCAUAGACCGCAACCAUUGUCCAGUCAAGAAGUAAAUAAUAAUUUAAAACGUUUGUUGUGUAUAUAAUUAAUACUAAUUGAUGAUUUAAUUAUACAUAGGUUUCAGUUGAUGAUGGAGAUACAAACACUGGCUUGCACAUGAGUUCCUGUAGUUUAGCAUCAACUAGUAGUAGUAGUGGUAGUAGCUUAGGACCUAAACCAAUGUUACUGAAUGGUUUAGCUGAAACAAUGAAAACCAGUCCUAAUGCAGUGUUGGUUAAUGCCAAAUUAAAAAACAAUGGAAACUCAAUACCGAAAAGUAUUAGUUUUGAUAAAACAGCAGAGCGGGGCGAUAGAGAAGGAUAUGAUGACGAUAGUAAAAAUAAAAAAGGAUUUUUCAAAAACUUCAAGAUUUCAUUUAAAAAUCGCCGAGGAAAGUGGUACAGAAAUGAUGAACUGAGGUAAAUUAAAAAACAUUUUUAAUAUCAACUAAAUAUUAAAUGUGUAUUAAAUAUAAUUUUUGUUUUUAGCUACGAUUCAUUACCAGACUGUACAAGUAAUAACACUGGAAAUGAAUCAAUAUUGAGUAAUAAUAUAUUAUCUGAAAAUACUUUACUAGAUGGUUUGUAGAUGUUAAUAAAAAUAAAAUUUUUAUUAUUUCAUUAUUAUUGAUAUAUUUUAUUGUUUUAUUUAAAACAAUCAAACAGAAUCUUCUGAAGACAUAUUGGCCAAAUAUCGUAAAAAACCCAGCAAUAUAUUAACUAUGAAUGAAAAAAAUUCUAGUCAAAUGCUGGGAACUGUUAAGAACGUUGAAGACUCUGUGUCAGACUUGAACAAAAACAUUGAUUUAGAAACAUAUUCUUUUGAUGAUGCAAAAAAAAAACUGCGACUUGUAUUAAGUACAGUUGAUGUACAAUACGUACCCUGGUGUAAUGAAACAGAAUCUAAACCUAUGGUAAAACAUUAUUAUUUGAAAAUCUAUUAGUUUUUAGAAACAUUAACAAGAACAAUGGUAUUGUUUAAAACAGUUGAAUACUUGGCGUGAUAAGGAUAAUGAACUUGUUGGUUUAUUACAAUAUCAAUUAGCAGAAGCGACCAAUUUGAAUGAUAAUUUUUUAUCUGCCAGACUAAACGAAACAAUUAGGUGUAUGAAGAUGUUCGAUACUCAUGGGUAUGAAUGAGUAAACAAAACAUUCUAAUGUUGCCCUGCUGAUUAUUAAUAAACUAUUGAAUACUAAUUUCUAAUAACAAUAUGUUUUUUUAGUUGUCAAAAAUUAAUUGGUGCAUUAAAAGAAGACUAUAAAUCCAGAGCGCCUUAUAUUACAUACUUGGUGAAAUGUAGAAAAACAUUAUUAACCAGUAUAGCCCAACUAAACAGGUAAUAAAAAAAACUAAAUUAAAUUUAUUUCUGAAUGUUAUGAAUAUUGAAUUGUAAUUAUUUGUUUUUAUAAGACUCUUGGAACAAAUUAAAUGUGACCGUGAAGUGUGCAGUCAGUUUUUGAUAACAAAAUGUGUGCAGAUAUUUUUAGAACAAAACGAGCAAUGGGUUUCAGAAUUUAUUGUUGAAUUUGAACAACGCAAGUUGGCUGACGAAAAGAAUCAACAUUUAAAUAGGUUUUUGUCUACACUCGAAAUUGAGAUGAAACGCAACAAUAUUUGGAAAAGUAACACUUAUAUUAUUAUUGAAUUUUGAAAAUCUUACAUUAAUUUUAUUUACAAUGCUAUUUUUCUUUGAUUUCUUAUUACUGUACAAAUCUUAUUAUUAAUUUCAUUUUUAUAGCUGCUAGUUUUGAUCAAAUUGAUGAUGCAAAAUUAGCAAUCGAACGAGCAAUCAUCAGUAGAGUGUAUACACUGGCAAUGUAUCCUAAUGGCGAUGCUGAUUUUUAUAGAGAUCAGUAUGUAACGUUUUGUAAUAUUGUUUCAUAAGAUGUAUUAAAUUUAAAUAUUAUAUUAUUUCAGAGUUUUACAUGAACACAUGUGUAAUUUGUCAAAGAAUAUAUUGCCCACGCAUAACGAUUUACGCAUUCCAAAAGUAUUUAUAGUCAUUAAAAAAAAAAAAAAAAAAAAUGAAACAUAAAAAUAAAAAACUAUGAAACAAAUUGUUUUAGAAAUUCCAUUUUGAAUGUCCUUGGCCUUCAGCUCAAGCUGAGAUUUCAGCAAUUUCAGCUUAUAAAACACCAAAAGACAAAUUACAAUGUGUUUUCCGAUGUACUACAACCCUAUUAAAUUUAAUGUCAAUGGCUGGUGAACAUGGCAAUAUGCACCCAGCUGCUGAUGACAUAGUACCCGUUCUUGUAUAUGUCCUUAUCAAAGUAAUACAACAAAUUAUAAUAAUAAUUAAUUUUUAUUUAUUUAAAUUUCAAAUAUUUAUGAUUUUUUUUUUUUAGGCUAAUCCACCAUCAUUAUUAUCAACUGUUCAGUAUAUAAAUAGUUUUUAUGGCGAUCGUUUAGAGGGCGAAGAAAGUUAUUGGUGGAUUCAGUUUUGUGCAGCAAUAGAAUUUAUUAAAACCAUGAACUAAUAAAAAGAAGUUACUAGUUUAAAUGUUAUAAAUGUAUACUUUAUAUCAUAUGUUUACGAUUUUCAAUUUUCAUCAUCCAAUUCUGCAUUGAUUACCAGCUUAAUAUUUUUCUAUGUAUUCUGGGAUUUUUUCUUCUUUAUUAUUGUUAAUAUCUCAUUUUAUGUUUUGUCAUCAUAGUUUUUUUGAUAAAAUUUCUCCAUUAUUUUGAAUUAUUCAGUUUCACUAGUUUAUAAAUAUUUGUUAAAUAUAUAUUGGUUUUAUUUCAAUUUCUAAGUCACCUCUUAUAUUUUUAAUUGUUAAAUAUUAUGUUUUAUAUACAAUACUUACAUUAUUUUUCUUGUAUGUGAUUUGCCUCCUUAACUACGUUACUAUAUUAUUAUUUAUAUGAAUUAUAAUUUAUAAUGUUUAUUUAAUUUAAAUGGAUUUAUUAUUAUUGUAUACAAAUUUUAUUUAAUAGUAUAAUCAAUAAUAUUCAUUAACUACAAUAAUGAUAAUAUGUUGUUUAACGACAUUUCAAAUAGAUAUUACUAUUGAUUAUAUCAAUGAUAUUAUAUAUAAUACAAAAAUAUAAAUAUUAUACUGAC